CUGAACAAAAAAAUCAUGUUUUUACAAGCUGUGUCAAUUUGUUCAAAUAAAAAGCAUUCCUGUGACUUCUAUUUAUAUACACAACAAAUUCGUUUGUUAAAUGCGAAAUCAUAUGCAAUAUUAAAAACAAAAUAUCGAAUGCAAAACAGUUUUACUUUAGAUAUGCACAGUGUGUUAUUUCGCCUUGCAGUUAUUCUGUUCAUUGUAAUUGGUUACAUCAAUUGUGUAUCACUUUUCCGAUUCGCUAACCAUUAUGAGAAUCACAUGGUCUUACAAAGAGAACCAAAUCAAGCAUUGCUGUGGGGAUACGGUGAGACUGGCAGUUUAGUUGUCUUGACAGUGGCUGGAAGAACAUAUGCAGCCAGGGUGGGGUCAGGAAAUGCGAACAAGAAUAUUUGGAUAAUAAAGUUACUGCCUGAAAAGCCUGGUGGGCCAUUUGAUCUAAACGCAUGGUCGAAAGUGAACGGCGAAAGAGUUAAUAUUACUUUGAAUGAUGUUAUGUUUGGUGAUGUAUGGUUUUGCAGUGGUCAAAGCAACAUGGGCUUCACUGUUUCUAUGGCUGAUGAUAGUGCUUUAGAAAUUGCUGAAGCAGAUAACUAUCCUCAAGUAAGAAUAUUGACGGUUGGAAAAUAUGCGUCUAAACAACCGGUUGACGAGAUAAGUAAGGACAAAAUUCAUCAACACUGGUCAGUAGCAUCUUCUGCAACAGUAGGUGGUGGUGCUUGGAAUUAUUUUUCUGCUGUCUGUUGGAUGUACGGUAGAAGACUUCACGACUUGCUCAAUGUACCGAUUGGUCUGAUCUCUUCAGCGUAUGGUGGCUCAGCCAUAGAAGCUUGGUCAAGUCCCAAUGCUCUUUCAAAAUGCAGUAUUUCUACACCAAUAGAUGACAAUGAUGCUUCACAAUUAUCAUGGUUCUGGAAUGGGAUGUUGCAUCCAUUUCUACGAAUGACGAUAUAUGGAGUCAUCUGGUACCAAGGUGAAUCAAACUCGCAAAAAGUUCGUAAUUAUAAAUGCGAAUUUCCUGAGAUGAUAAAAGACUGGAGACUUAGAUGGCAUCAAGCUUCGAAUGGGACAACUAGUUUAAAUUUUCCCUUUGGCUUUGUACAGUUGUCCACUUUGGGUAAUGAUCUAUCUUCUUACAAAAAUGCAAAUGCUAUGGUACACGGCUUUCCAGUCAUAAGAUGGCAACAAACAGCUGAGUAUGGUUACGUACCAAACCCAAAACUUCCCAACACAUUCAUGGCAGUUGCUUUGGACCUUCCUGAUAACAAAUCUCCCUUCCUUGGUAUUCAUCCGCGCCAUAAAACAGAUGUUGCGUACAGGCUAGUGUUAGGUGCUCAGGCUAUCGCUUAUGGAAAGGCUGUCGACUGGACUGGGCCAAUCAUAGAUAGGAUAGUUUUGAAAUACGUUGCAGUGCGAACAUUUGAUUUCAUUGUUUACUACAAAGUCAAAUCUGUACCUAAGAUGCUUGAUAUCAGAAGUAAAAAGGGAUUUGAGGUUGUAUUUACAAACAAGUACACAAAGAAGCAAACAAAAUGGCUUCCAUACAACAUUACAAAUUCCUCACGUUAUACUGUAUCAUUUCGUGUUUACAAAUUUGAUGAACUCGAGGUGACAGCUGUUAGAUAUAACUGGCGUCAACAACCAUGUCAAUUUAAAAAAUGCGCAGUUUAUAGUGGCAAUUUACCAAGCCCACCUUACAUACAAUAUGCACCGUUUGAUACGUAUUAUAAUAGUAAAUAGAAUUCUGUUAUUGAAAAGAAUUUUGACAAUGUUUCAUAUCUCAACUCUAGUUUCUAGGUCCUCAAGCAAUCCCUGCUGAGAACUUACAUAAUGUUAGUUGUAUUAUUAGUUCGUGAAAAUUAUUUUGUCCGCUAAUUAAAAGUCGGCAAAAAGUGACUAAAUUUUGGCCAAGUGACUAAUAUUUUUUGCCGACAUAUUUUUUUCCGACCUAACUUUGUUUCCAAUUUUUUUUUCGACCACCUUUUUACCGUUUUUUCUUCCUUGUUGCUAAUCAAAUUUUAUGCAAUUAUUCCUUAUUAGUGACUAAAUUCCAAAUUUUAGUCAACAAAAAGUGACUAAAUUCAAAUAUUUAGUCGGCAAAAAAAGACGAAAUUUUGUCCAAGUGACUAAUAUCUUUGCGGACUAAUUUUUUUGACGACUUUUUUUUACCGAUAAAGUGUGCAGGAAAUAAGCUAACCGUUUUUGCUAUUUUUAGACUAGCCGUUACGGUUUUCUUUUGAUUAUUUGAAAGGAGAAGGUGAUCUGACCAAAAACAUAAGUUAUCUUGGAGUAAAAGUAACU